AUGAAAGGGAGUCGAGACGUCACACAGGACUGUGUCGGUAUUGGUGGUCAAAGGGACUUCUACGAGUUGAAGACCACUAACGGAAUCGUCGCCCGGACAACCAACACGCCGUUGCUCAUUCGCCAUGGCACAAACGUCAAUCCCCUGAGAGAGAUGGAAAGUCUGGACGGCAUGCCAGCCACCUCAUUCUUCGCUCCAUCAAUGUGGCGGAUGUCGACGGUGAAUUGGGAAGUGUAGUCCAAGUUAGCGAUCCCUCUCGGGUUGUAUUUGUCCAAAUGUGCUCGUAUACGUAAUGUAAGUGGCUUUGGUCCGUAAAAAUCGUGAAUUCACGACCUUGAAGGAUACGUCGAAAUUGUUUCACAACCAGGUAAGUGGCAAGAAGUCCACGGCCAAAAGUACUAUAUCCCGCCUCAGCAGACGACAGUUUCCUAGAUAAGAAAGCCAACGGUCGUGUGCAGUCCGUUAGGUGUUGUUCGAGGACUGCUCCUACGACAACGGACGAAGUGUCAACCAUGAGGUACAGCGGGCUUCGGGAGCAGGAUGUGUGAGCAAGUUUGCGCCAGUAAGGGAGGCCUUGAUUCUCUCGAAAGCAGUCAGUGCGUCACCAGUAAGCUCAAGGAGACCUUUCAUACCAGAAAGUAUGUUGGUGAGUGGCGGCAGAAGAUCGGCACAUUUCGGUAGAAACCGGCUGUAGAAGUUGGCCAUACCGAGAAAACGCUGCAGCUGACGCUUAGGGGUUGGUGGGGAAAAAUGACGAAUGACUUCGACCUUGGAGGGGAGGGGAUGCGAAUCAUCUGACUCGGUAUGAUGGCCAAAGAAUCCGAGGGAAGGCACACCAUAAACACACUUUGAGGGAUUGACGACGACUCUAUGCUUUUCGAUGAAGUCCAACACCAAGGCAAAUUACUCUUUAUGUUCUUCGGCAUUCUGGUUGGCCACCAAGGGGUCAUAGGUCUAGGCUUACGCAAACGGUAGGCGAGGGAUGAUAAAUGUGUGAGACGGUAACUGCCUGGCACAUUAUUCUACAGCCCACGGUCCCCCAUCAGGCGCUAUGAUCUGCGCUUCCCACAUUCGGUCCAUUUGAGAAGGUGUAAGUAUGCAGUUGCCUGGUGCAUCCUCCCUCAUGACCAAUCGGCUCGUUCCUUGCUAUACGUAAUCUAAGUGGCUUGGACUUAUCACGAUGCACUGGAUUUUGUGACCUCAGAUGCUGCCGGUUAAUGGAACAACUCCGCCCUCAACAACGGCUCUUAUCAUGGCUGCUUAGCUUUGUCAGCCACUGCGCUCAAGCCCACCUCCUGAUGUCGUGACUAUUUAGAGAGAGAGAGAGAGAGAGAGAGAGGGAGAGAGGGAUGCGCUUUAUUUUGAAAUCAUAUGUUCAAAAUUUUCAGCAAAAAGUUGGCUCCAUUCAUUAUGGGCAGUAAAUAAGUUAAUAGAUUAUUCCAGAGUCAAAGUUUAACACAAAGAAAGGAUUAUUAUGGGGAUAGUUCAAGUCUAAGCUUCUGUAUUUCUGUCUCUUUGCACGAAAGAUAGCGCGCUAGGAAUGGCAAUACAGAAGCUCGAUAAGCCGAUGUGUGACAGGAUAUAAAUCUGAACGCUGUGUGUAUGAAGGGUGUUGAGAUAGAUGCAGUACAAGUUUGUUUUGCUGUAAAUAUAUUCGUUCUCAAGUUACGACGGCGCUUACCUCAUGGAGCAGUAGUAGACCCAGCUGCAUGCGAUAAGUGAAGUAUUGGACACAUCGGGUAACGUAAUGCUCAAUGCGAUAAGCCGCUGUACUUGAAUGGGUAACAGAUGCUCAAGGUCAGUGGCUAAAAGAGCAGAAGCGCAGGCUGAUUAUCUAAUGGUGGGUCGGGUACUCAAGGUAUUGUACUGCACUACCUGGUCGAAAAUGUCCCUGAUACACCCUGGUCCACAACAGACACUGACCAGGAUUUUAUGUACCAAGAAAAGAAGGGGAGCGACUCGGAUCCCAUCAAAUGCGGGUGCCAGAGGCCACAGUAAGGGGCAGUUGAAGUACGGCUCAUGUUGGCAAAGUUGAGAGAUACAGGUUGAUGAUUUGAAGAAGAAGAAGAAGAAGAAGAAGAAGAAGAGGAAGAAGAAGAAGAAGAGGAAGAAGAAGAAGAAGAAAAAGAAGAAGAAGAAGAAGAAGAAGAAGAAGAAGAAGAGGAAGAAGAAGAGGAAGAAGAAGAAGAGGAAGAAGAAGAAGAAGAAGAAGAAGAAGAAGAAGAAGAAGAAGAGGAAAAAGAAAAAGAAGAAGAAGAAGAAGAGGAAGAAGAAGAAGAAGAAGAGGAAGAAGAAGAAGGGCUCACCGAAAUAG